AUGCCGUCAUCAAGUCAAGCCAGCAUGCGGACAACUACAGAAAACGAUACCAAAUCAACCACCUCCACCUCAACAACGACAUCCGCAAAAGUACUACUCCGAUCCCUCCUACCACGGAGCAAGAGCAACAAGACGGAGAGCCCCGAACAAGAUUCAGAGAGGAAGCUGAGGGAGGCUGAAGCUAGGUAUCAUGCACUCAGCUACAAAUGA